AGAUGAAUCGUCACCUGUGCAUUUGGCUUUUUAGACAUCCAUCUCUUAAUGGUUACCUCCAGUGUCACAUCAAUCUCCAUUCUCAUCAAUUUAGACAAAUACAUCUUGAUACCAGGCUGUGGGAUUUUAGACAAAAUAGGAAUCACAUUGUCCAUCAUCUUUUAAAUAAGAAUUGGUCCAGGAGAUAUUGUCAUCAAGACACCAGAAUGCUCUGGCAGCAUAAAGCACUACAGAAAUAUAUGGAGAACUUGAAUAAGGAGUACCAAACACUUGAGCAGUGCUUACAGCAUAUCUCUGUGAAUGAAGGGGACCGAAGGUCCUUGAACCAAAGGCAUGCUGAGUUGGCACCCCUUGUGGCCAUUUACCAAGAAAUUCAGGAGGCUGAACAAGCAAUUGAAGAAUUGGAAUCAAUGUGUAAAAGCCUAAAUAAACAAGACGAAAAGCAGUUACAGGAACUUGCAUUAGAAGAAAGGCAAACCAUUGAUCAAAAAAUCAACAUGUUGUAUAGUGAGCUUUUCCAGAGUCUAGUGCCAAAGGAGAAAUACGACAAAAAUGAUGUUAUUUUAGAGGUGACAUCUGGAAGAACUACUGGAGGUGAUAUCUGCCAACAAUUUACCCAGGAAAUUUUUGAUAUGUACCAGAAUUAUUCACACUAUAAACGCUGGAAAUUUGAACUUCUAAAUUAUACACCAGCUGAUUAUGGUGGACUACAUCAUGCAGCUGCCCGAAUUUCUGGUGACAAUGUCUAUAAGCAUUUGAAGUAUGAAGGUGGGAUUCACCGAGUUCAGCGAAUCCCUGAGGUGGGCCUGUCAUCAAGGAUGCAGCGUAUUCACACAGGAACAAUGUCAGUUAUUGUCCUUCCUCAACCAGAUGAGGUAGAUGUGAAAGUGGACCCCAAGGAUUUGCGAAUAGAUACAUUUCGAGCCAAAGGAGCAGGCGGGCAGCACGUUAAUACAACGGAUAGUGCUGUCAGACUUGUCCAUAUCCCCACAGGGCUUGUAGUAGAAUGCCAACAAGAACGAUCACAGAUAAAAAAUAAAGAAAUAGCACUGCGUGUGUUGAGAGCCAGACUCUACCAGCAGAUUAUUGAGAAAGACAAAUGUCAACAACAGAGCACUAGAAAACUGCAGGUGGGAACAAGAGCCCAGUCAGAAAGAAUUCGGACGUAUAAUUUCAACCAGGAUAGAGUCACUGACCACAGGAUAGCAUAUGAAGUUCGUGAUAUUAAGGAAUUUUUAUGUGGCAAGAAAUGCCUGGAUCAACUAAUUCAGAGACUGCUUCAAUCAGCAGACGAAGAAGCCAUUGUUGAACUUUUGGAUGAAAACUUUAAAUCAGCAAAAUAAAUGCUUAUUUAUUACUUAUUAUUAUAUAAAUGAAAUGGACCUAUAUUGAGAAGUAGACUGAGGCAUGGAAAUCUUUAUGAAUAUUCAUAAAGUAUAGCUAUAAGUACACAGUACUUACAUAUAUAUGUGUAUAUUUGGCACCUGGCCAGUAAUACUUGACCUUGGUGGUAUCAGCACCACGCUGUAACAAGUGAGCUAAUCAGCCAGCCCUUACCAAUAUUUUUUUUUAAUGAAGCAACAUCGCAUUUCUUGACCUAAGGGUUUAUUUUAGGUUUCCUGUAAAGUACAAUCCAGUUCUACAAGUAGAAAACAAUCAUGCAUCAUUGAAAAGAAAUAGAGUAUUGAGAACUGAUUGUGUGAUUUAGGACAAGUCACUUGUUCUCUUUAUACUCCUUUUUUAACAACCAUUUAUGAAAUAACUUAAACAUUUUUCAUCUAUUUCAGGAAAAUCUAAUAAAUUUAGUGAUAUUUGGUUUAUAUACUUAUUUGUAAACCCCUUAUUUAAAGACAAAGUACUGUUAAUCAUGUCAAAGUUAGGACUUUGACUGCAACUUUUAAAUAAAAAAUAAAAAUUAAGAAGAAUAUGGGUCACUCAGUGACAGCAUCUCCAGGAUACAGAUUGUAAAGCUCUUUACUGAAUAAAUUCUGUACUGUAUGAACUACAAGCCAAUAUUUAAAGUAGAUUCUCUGUUUGACUUCUAUUUCUUAUUGUUCUUUGGCUUAACUUAAUGAGAAUCAACAGAUGUGGUAUAAUAGGAGUAAUUCACUGCGAUCAGUUUUGUGCAGUGAUACGUAAAACCCAGUCAUUACUUUAAAGAUCUUCCAAUUGAGAGAAGGAGCUAAACAUGCAAAUCACCAACUAAUACAAAGUGGUAUGGUAUAUUUAGUAAUUGUUCUGAAGAAGUUUCUUGACUAAAAAAGAGAGGGAUUAUUAUUUUAGACAUUCCUCAGAAUGGAAUUUAUGUGCAAGGAAGCCUAGCCUAGAGUUUUAAGACCAGUGGAAUUAUUUGAAGGUAAAGAUGAGAGAGAAAUGUUUUCCCAAAUAUUUAUUUUGAAAAUAUUCAAGCAUACAGAAAAGUUUUAAGGAUAGUUUUUAAGAAAUAGUUCAAUAAACACUGUAUACUCUAGAUUAAACUACUGUUAACAUUUUGCCACA